AAUUUAUCUACAUUACCCCAUAAUAAAAUAUGGUGCAACACAAUAUGCCAUAAAAUCCAUUGGAACCACAAUAAAAUACAAGCGCAACAUGUUACAAAAUAUUUUUAGUAUAAUAUUAUUCACUAUUUCUUUAUUGUUAUUUGUUAAAGCUGAUAAAAAUGAAUCGAGCGCAAACUUCCUCAUCAACGUGGCGGACUCAGACCUCCGUCGGCGAGACUUCGACCCUUACAUGCGGGUCCGUAACGAGUACCCGACCAUCAUCGAGAAACCUAACCUCAGGAUCAGAGGGGGCAAUGCGACUGACACCAAGAACUUCCCCUACAUGGCCGCUAUCAUCAUAAAUGGAAGGCUGUGGUGUGCUGGUGCUAUUGUGGAUGUGAACUGGGUAGUUACUGCUGCGCAUUGCUUAAAUUACGUCCUCCACGUCUCUCCCUUGAAGUCUCUGGGUCAAUACGUGAAGGUGCGCGUGGGCAGCGCGCGUCCUCAUGAGGGAGGGGUGCUGGUGGACGUGGUAGGAGCGGUGCGGCAUCCCAAGUUCGAGGAGGAACCUGUGCCGCACGCGGACGUCGCGCUCUUGAAGCUUGCUGAGAAUCUAGAGUUUACAAAGCAUAUCAACCUGAUAAAAAUAUACGAGGGUGUGAAAGAACCAUUCGCACAGAGCUUCGUCGUUAUCUCUGGUUGGGGAGCGACAAGGGGUUCCGACACAGCAUUCAGAGACCACACGUCAGAUUUGCUCACAGCAAGGCUGAAAGUCCGGUCGCGACAUUUCUGCAUCGACGCGUACCAACUAGUCAAUGGCUUCCAGUUCACUGAAGACUUCUUCUGCGCUUCCCUUAGAAAUGGAACUAGGGAUGCAUGUUUGUUCGACGCAGGCGCACCAGCAGUACAGCAGAACCGGUUGAUGGGCAUCAUGAGCUUCGGCCCCGAGCGCUGUGGACAUGAAUAUCAACCAGCUGUCUUCAUCAAGGCGUUCUACUUUAGGGAUUUCGUCAAAACAACGAUAGCUUCGUACAAGACAACAGCAGAUCUCAUAGAAGCGAUGAAGGAAGUGGACCCUGUGGCGAAACACGCUCUAUCGGCAAUAAUGCCCGCCGAAGAACCAUCACCAGCUGAUCAGAUUAUUAAAAUAACUGAUUAAAAAUAAAUUCUAAAUGUCUUA